AUGAUUCGAAAGUGUUUAGUUCUUAUUCUAGUCCUGGGUUUCCUUCAUCUCACCUGGAGUUCAUCGGGGGGGUCGUGCAAGGAUGGUUCGGUUUUCAAUCCCAAAAAGGGAGAAUGUGAACCACAGCCACCAACAGAACCUCCAGAUAGUUGCCGACCCGGAACGUACUGGGUUCUAGAGAGGAAAUCGUGUAUCAAGUUUCGGCAAGUAAUAUCUGGAUAUUUUCCAGCAAAACCUGAAAUGUCAACUCAAUACCUAAAGUGCCCCAAAGGAUUCAUUUCUUUAAGAAAUUUGUGUGUAAAGGAGCUAAAAAAUAAAAACAAAACUCAAGGGAGCGGUAAAAACGGAAUAGAGGUGGAUAUGGACGAUAAAUUUAAAAUUGUCAUAAAAGAAAAACAGACUGACCAUCCUCAUGAUGCAUAAGUUUCAUCGUUUGCCGGAUUUAUGAUAUAAAUAUUAAUCGAUUAUUGGUCAAAAGGAAGUCUGCAAGUGUCCUUAAUAUAAUAAAACUAUAAAGUUAAA